CACUUGCUGUGAUCGAUUAAUUUUCAUCUCCUUCACUUCCCUCACGCAAGUCUUCCUUUGUAUCCUGCAAAAUAGAAACCUCAAAAACGUUGUGCUCGAAUAAGGGAAUUUAAGCUUCCGAUCAUGGAAACACCGGCGACGACGGGGACUGCGGCGGCGAAGAGAAAGCCGGUGUUUAUCAAGGUGGACCAAUUAAAGCCGGGUACCAGUGGCCACACGCUAACCGUGAAGGUGGUCAGCUCUAAGCCCGUGAAGUCGAUGAACAAUCGGGUUGGUCGGUCGUCUAUGCUUCUUGCUCGGCCUUCUCGUCCGACCCGCAUCGCCGAGUGUCUCGUGGGUGAUGAAACCGGAACCAUUAUUUUCACGGCCCGUAACGAACAGGUGGAUCUUAUGAACCCGGGUGCAACUUUAAUUCUGCGUAAUGCAAAGAUUGACAUGUUCAAGGGAUCUAUGAGGCUAGCAGUGGAUAAAUGGGGGCGGGUUGAACCUACAGAACCUGCCAAUUUUGUUGUUAAAGAAGAUUCUGAUUUCAUGUUCUUAUUAGCUUUUCCUUGA